AUUUCUCUAGUGUCCACAAGGCCCGUAUAAAAUUCUCACUACUUCGCCGUUUCACCGAAACCCUAAUUCGGUAGCUCGUUUCUAAGUUCAAUUUUCAAGUGAGAUCUCGAGGUUCGUGAUGGCUCCAGCUAAAGUUGAUUCGUCCAAGAAAUCGGACCCAAAGGCUCAGGCUUUGAAGACAGCCAAGGCUGUGAAAUCUGGCGGCACAGCCUUUAAGAAGAAGGCCAAGAAAAUACGCACGAAGGUCACUUUCCACCGUCCGAGGACCUUGAAGAAGGAAAGAAACCCAAAAUACCCUCGUAUUAGUGCGCCACCUCGCCAGAAGCUCGAUCAGUACCAGAUUCUGAAGUACCCUCUAACUACUGAAUCGGCCAUGAAAAAGAUUGAAGACAACAAUACCCUUGUCUUCAUUGUUGACAUUCGUGCUGACAAGAAGAAAAUCAAGGAUGCUGUUAAGAAGAUGUACGAUAUUCAGACCAAGAAGGUCAACACACUUAUCAGGCCUGACGGUACCAAGAAAGCUUAUGUUAGGUUGACACCCGACUUUGAUGCUUUGGAUGUUGCCAACAAAAUCGGUAUCAUCUAACGCCCUUCAGAUUUCAGCCGAUCCUUAUUAUUCGCAACUGUUGACUUGGACAACAAAAAAAAAGAAGGAAUUUUGUAAUCCCCGUAUAUGAAGAACCGAAUUUUCUUGCAUUUUAGAUGUUUUGUGGCGGAAGUGAGUUUUUCCUUGUUAUGUUAGACCUCCAAACUCCAAAGUUUUAUUUUAUCUCGUUCACUGAGAUUGGGUAUGAUCUGGCAUCUUAUUUGAUCUUUUCAUUUGUUUAUAAGGCCCAUCCUUUAGUAAAGCUUACAGAUGUACAAAUUAAGGAUAUGUUUUUAGUUUUAAUAAGGCCUGCAGAUCCCCCCAGUUCAAGAUAUCUUUUAAUUUUAUUUUUCUCCUGAUAAAUUAUCGUAAUGGAAUUUUUG